GGCUUCUCCAGCCCGCCAGCUGCCUCGCGGACCAGCAGGCGGCGGUAGAGGCGCACCCUAUUGCGGCCCUCCUCCCAGGGGGCCGGCCCUGAAAGCCAGGCUUCCUCCACGUUCAGGUGGACUGCGGUUUGCACCCUGGGAGGGCUCGCGAGAAAACGGGGCAUCCUCAGGUGCCUGGAGCCGGAUGCAGGUGGGGUAGGGCGAGCGCACGUGGAGCGUGUUUACAAAUAGAGGCCGCGGCGCCUGCGCCUCGUAGCGCUCGCCGGCCCCGCGGAACGAGCUGGAGCGGAGGUCAUGAGGCGAGCAAAGUAAAGCUACAGUUCGGCUGAAAGAAGACAUGAAAAAGAUAGUGGCAGUGCCACUAAGUGAGCAGAAGAAUUCUACCUAUAAGAAGUUAUUUGGCGUCAGCCUCCAAGACCUUCAACAGCAGGGACUCACUGUGAAUGGCAUUCCAGCUAUAGUGGGGAAUAUAGUGGAGUACUUGACGAAGAAUGGACUCACCCAGGAAGGCCUUUUUAGGGUGAAUGGCAACAUGAAGGUGGUGGAGCAACUGCGCCUGAAGUUCGAGAGCGGCGUGCCCGUGGAGCUCCGGGAGGACGGCGACGUGUGUGCAGCGGCCAGUCUGUUAAAGCUCUUCCUGAGGGAGCUGCCCGAGAGUGUGAUCCCCGCGGCCUUGCGUCCUCGGUUCCUUCAGCUCUUUCAGGAUGACACAAAUGAUGCUCAGGAGAAUAGCUUAAGAGCCUUAAUAAAAGAGCUGCCAGACAUGCACUACUGCCUCCUCAAGUACCUCUGCCGGUUCUUGACAAAGGUAGCCGAGCACCAUGUGCAGAAUCGCAUGAAUGUCCACAAUCUCGCCACUGUGUUUGGGCCCAAUUGCUUUCAUGUGCCACCUGGGCUUGAAUGCAUGAAAGAGCAAGACCUCUGCAACAAGAUAAUGGCUACAAUACUAGAAAAUUACAAUACCCUGUUUGAAGUAGAGCACACAGGAAAUGGUAACCAGAGUUGUGAAAAUCCAACGAAGCUUAUCAUCGUAAAAGAGACCAGUUAUAAGAACUCCACACCCAUCCUUCUAACAAAAGACUUAGAAAGAGAUGUGCAAAAACCAUCUCCAAAAACCAAGAUCCCAAAGUCCAAGAGUGAGGGAUCUCUUCAGGUCUACAGAAUACCACAGCCCGAGCGAUGUGAUGGUGUUGCUCAGGUCAGCCUGCGGCUAAGUCGUAGAAAACCCGGCUGGGGUGACGUGAAUUCAGCAGAGGACACUAGUGGGGCCAAGUUGGUAUCCAGUUCACAGGAGGAUGAAAGACCUCUGUCACCUUUCUAUUUGAGUGCCCGUGUAUCCCAAGUCAGCAGCGUUUCGACAACAGGAGAACUCUUAGAAAGAACUAUCCGGUCAGCUGUGGAGCAGCAUCUUUUUGAUGUUAGUAGCUCUGGAGGACAAAGCUCAGAGGACUCAGAAUCUGGAACAUCCCUAGCCCCUUCCACCGCAUCCGCCAGGCAGCGCCGCCGCCAGUCCAAGGAGCAGGAUGAGGUUCGACACGGCAGAGACAUGGGACUCAUCAACAAAGAAAAUAUUCCUUCUGGGCUCAGCAACCUUGAUGAUUGUAUUUUGAAUGCUCAGGAAGUGGGAAAUUUACAUGAAAAUACUUCUGGCUAUAUUGGAGAAAGGAGCAAACCUAAACGUCAGAAGUCCAGUUCCAAACUUUCUGAUCUCAAUGAAAAUCAAGCUUAUCUUGUGAAUAUGGAAAGUCUCAACUCCACCCCAUCUCAUGAGAGUGCUAGACCUGAUCAUAUUGAACUGAUGUCUGAUGACAGGAAAGAAAAUGAAAAAGACAGUGGCCACAGCCAGCAUUUUGAGAGCCCCACGAUGAAGAUCCAGGAGCACCCCAGCAUCCCUGACACCAAACUGCAGAGGACUCCUGAUGCCGACACCCCGCAGGAGAGCUUCGUCCUGGAGGUGCCCCGGCUGGACCUGACCGCCUUGUGUGAUGGCAAGAGCUGGGCAGUUCUGAGCUUCUCCUGUCUGAGCCCCGCCACUGAGGAGGAGCCGGCUGAUAGCUUUAGUACAAAUGAUGAAACAGCGCCUGUGCGUCUCCAGCUUCAGCCAAAUCCCAUGCCUGCUUUGUCCUCAUGGCAGCAGGAGAACGGGGACUCUGACGAUGUGCCCCUCUCCCCACCAGCCGGGCAUCUCAUUCGUCAGCUUCUGGACGAAGAUAGCGACCCCAUGAUCUCUCCUCGGUUCUACUCGUAUGGACAGAGUAGGCAAUACCUGGAUGACACAGAAGUGCCUCCUUCUCCCCCAAAUUCCCACUCUUUCAUGAGGCAACGGAGCUGCUCUCUGGGGUCCUACGAUGACGAACACGAGGACCUGACACCUGCCCAGCUCACACGAAGGAUUCAGAGCCUUAAAAAGAAGAUCCGGAAGUUUGAGGACAGAUUCGAAGAAGAGAGGAAGUACAGACCCUCCCACAGCGACAAAGCAGCCAACCCUGAGGUUCUGAAGUGGACAAACGACCUUGCCAAAUUCCGGAAACAACUAAAAGAGUCAAAACUAAAGAUAUCUGAAGAGGACCUAACCCCCAGGCUGCGGCAGCGAAGCAAUACACUCCCCAGGAGUUUCGGUUCCCAACUUGAGAAAGAAGAUGAGAAGAAGCAAGAGGUGGUAGAUAAAGCAAUCAAGCCCAACGUGGAAGCCACGCUGGACUCCAUCCAGCGGAAGCUGCAGGAGAAGCGGGCAGAGAGCAGCCGUCCCGAGGACAUUAAGGACAUGACCAAAGACCAGAUUGCUAAUGAGAAAGUGGCCCUGCAGAAAGCUCUGUUACAUUACGAAAGCAUUCACGGACGGCCGGUCACCAAGAAUGAACGUCAGGUUAUGAAGCCACUCUAUGACAGGUACCGGCUUGUCAAACAGAUCCUGUCCCGAGCCAACACCAUGCCCAUCAUGGGUUCCCCUUCCAGCAAGCGGAGAAGCCCUUUGCUGCAGCCAAUUAUCGAGGGCGAAACUGCUUUCUUCUUCAAGGAGUCAAAGGAAGAAGAGGAGGGUUCAGAAGAAGAUAGCAACACCAAGCCAGACUUCACGGUCACUCUGAAAACCGAGUUCAGCGCUCAUUGUUUUCUCGACCAAUUUGAAGAUGGCGCGGAUGGGUUUAUUUCCCCGAUGGAUGAUAAAAUGCCAUCAAAGUGCAGCCAGGACUCCGGGCUUUCAAACCUGCAUGCUGCUUCAAUGCCAGAACUCUUGGAACACCUUCAGGAAAUGAGAGAAGAAAAGAAGAGGAUUCGAAAGAAACUUCGUGAAUUUGAGGACAAUUUCUUCAGACAAAAUGGAAGAAAUGUCCAGAAGGAGGACCGCACUCCUAUGGCUGAAGAGUACAGCGAAUACAAGCACAUCAAGGCGAAACUAAGGCUCUUGGAGGUGCUCAUCAGCAAGAGGGACGCUGAUUCCAAGUCCAUGUGAGGGGCAGCCCCGCUGGAGCAGCUGCCUCCCCGGCCAAGAGCAGCGCUGCAGACACCGGGAGGCAGCCUCAGAGCUGGACCUGCAAAGCCUGGAGCCCUUCCGCCUCCAGGCCUUGGGAGCGGCUCGUUUCCAUCGCCUGCCUUAGAAGCCACCUGCUGGGAGGAGGCCGCGCUGGUCCUGACUUGGGAAUCCUGUAAGGGAAAGUCAGGGUCCCUGCGUUCAUGGCGCUCGGACACUCGCGGGAGCCUUUGUAACGCUAGCGGUGAUGAAUCACUACAUGGAGGCACCUCAUCCACAGAGAAUGUGCACUCUGCUCCCAUGGAUAGCAGAAUGCAAUCUAGCUGGGAUGAAACCCAGCUCAGGCCUUCCUGGAGCAAACUUGCUGGGCAGCUCCCUGUGCUCUCUGGACCCCGUAAAUGGGGCCGUGCGCUGGAGCCCUCUUUGCUGCCCCGGCCAAUCCUGUGGCCUGUCCACAGAGCGGCGCCUGCCCCACGCUGUGAAUUGUUUCUCGUCAGCUCUCAGGGCGGUGGAAGCUGCGUCUGCCCAGAGAGGCAGCAGACAUCCCUGCCCGUGUGCUUCGAGGCGUCCUCCGCUGCCCCGGAACCGUGGUCCCUGCGGGCCUGGGUCACCGCAGAGGACAGAGGGAGGAUAGCAGGAGCUACGCUGACGCCGAUUUUUAAAUCCGGUAACAGGGUGCCGAGCCUAGAGAGGCCUUUCCUGAACGUUGACUGCACUCACCAGUCUUGGGAUCUGAGCAUCAGAGAUGAAGCGAGGCCAGCAUGUUGUGUGGGGCUCCCGUGUGGGGCUCGGCUUCCAUCAGCCACAUGGAAAGGGCCUCGUUUCAUUCUUAGCGAAGCGCAUGAGGAUCGUGAGAGAGCGAGAGCGAGAGCACCCGUGUUCUCAGCCACCUGAGUACUUACCAAUUUUUUUUUUUAAGUAAACCUGCACUAAAAUCCCCUCCCUCAGGGGUAAAUGUAGCCCUUGGAUCGCAGCCCAGGGCAGAAUCUAAAUCACACUAUUUCAAGAUCAUGUAUAAAGAGAACAAAUCAUGAUGUGUAGCCGAUUACGUUAUAAUUUUUUUUCAAAGACUGUGUCACAAAACUGUCUAUAUUAGACAUUAUGGAGGGACCAGGGAAUUUCAGACACCAAAUCAUUCAUCUCCACAGUGUGCUGACAUCACCUCGUGAUUUGUUGUUACUUUUUACGCUUUUCUGUCCGCACCAGGGAAAGUGGGUUCUGAUUCGGUCCGCCCUGUGCGCUGCGAGGCGGGGCAGGGUCCGCACACAGCCGCAGCCGCUGGUUGCCGGGAGGGGGCGCUCCGGCCGCUCUGCCUUUUGAAGACAAUGUUGCAGGUUGGACAGGACCACGGGACCCCCACCUCUGUGUUGUGCCAUUUUGUGUGUGUGUUUUUAAAAAGAAGAAAAUAUAAAACUCUAUUGACCAUUUGUCAGUUUCAGAAAACGGGUUCUUGAGAAACUGGUCAGAUGGGAUUUACAGCAGCCUUUCCCCUCGCUAAAGUGAGGGGGCAGCUCUGUCGACUGAAAGCCGUUCGAGCUGCGAGUGGGUGAGAACGAACGCCCCUAAGUUUGCUCCGAAGUGUGUUUCUGUAGGAGCGUGAGCAAUGUGUCCGCAGCGCCCUGGUCUCAUCCACACACUUAAAGACGGUACCGAACCUUGUAAAUGUAAAGGCAAAUGAAAAUAUAGUUUGGUAUUCUCUGCUCUACUGUUUACAUUGCAGAUGGCUAUAAUUUCAAGGAGUUAUAUUAUAAAUAAAAUGACGCACUUUAGGAUGUUUUCUAUUUUUGAAAUCAGAAAAUGAAUCAUUCACAUGACCAAAAAUUGUAUUUUUAAAAGAAAUACAUGCCUCGUCUGCCCCUUGUAAAUAAUUGUUCUCUUAAAUAAGCUACGAUGUAAAUCACAUCAUGACCAGCUGAGUGUUAAAGCACAUCUGUUUAAAAGUAUUGUUUUGAAAAUACUAACGUGCAAAGGAAUUUAUAAAGAGGAAAAGUUAUAUAAAUGAGAAGUUUGUAAAUGUUUCGAAAUCUAUUGUUUCUGCCAAAGGUAAGUUAUGUAAAAGAUUUAUUCAGGAAACCCCAUUCAAAUUUGUACGAUUCAAUAAAAGACACCACCAAGUUACAGUAAAAUAAAUUGUGUAGGGAAUGUCGUGUUUUCCUUUGAAAAUUCUAAUCGUCUAUAUCCUUUGUGGAAUGGCACCCAGAAUUAAGUGGGGGAGACCUAUUUACACUAGAUCCUAUAUGAAGACCCGUUCGUAGGUUCCGACUGCCAGUAAUGCUGAGGCGAAAAUUGUUUCCACAGCAACCAGUUCUGCAGCCCAGGGUCUCAAGGCCCUGGAGGCAGCACCUUAAUUGGCUUCACUCCGGGCUAUGUUUUUCCUUUGCUCUCUUGGGAAUGUGUGUGCGUACUGCUACGUGCCCACAAAACAAACGUCAAGGGCUACUUAUUCACAGUGAGUAAAGGUGAAGCAUGAAUAAACUUGAUUGUGCGGUUGUAAGAAUCAGAGAUAGAAGAGGCUUGUAAUUUCCACAAGCAUUUGCUUUUAUUGGGCUUAGUCUGGAGCAAACACUGAAAUAGAUGUUUACGGGAAGUGCGGUAUCAUGACUGCGUUUCAUCUUGGAACGUUGAGUUCAGAUUGCACUUGUCAGUCAUGUAUGUGCAGGGUUUAGUCUGAAGGGCCUGCUUAGGCGUUUUCGAGACAGCCGACGUCUUCCUGAGCUGGUAGAAGAAAGCCGGCCGGUCUGUGAUCUCCGAUUCAGGGGAAAUGUCCAUGAAAUCAAAUCAGAUUAGAUUUCUUCCCUUCAGUUAGCAGGUGGCACGCAGGGUCAGUGUGGCCUGGGCAGGGACCAGCGGCGUCCCGGCUCUCUGUAACCUGGGUGUGGUUUUUGCUUUGCCUCAUUUUGCGGUCCAGUGCAGAGCGCCUGUGGCAGGUGCGUCUGCAAUAUUAAGGUUUUUUAUCAGAAUCAAAGGGUGGCCCCGGUGCCAAUUACUUUGGUUCUUUCUGGGGCUGCCUAGUUCUCAGUAGACAGAAUUGGGCCCAAUAGCUAGAACUGAUCACAGAUUUACAAGGAAAAUCCAAUUUUAAAAUUUGUUGCUUAAUUUUUUAGUGCUUCUUAAUCUGAUAACGAAGAUGCCAUUUUUCGUAAGGGUUACUCCUUCCUACGUUUGAUGCUAUAUGAAUACCUGAGUGCCGUAAACUCGGAACUGCUCUGUGAGAAGGUUGUAGUCUAAAUUCCCUUUGCCUCCAAUAGGGGUCUCGCUGACACUCUGCCUCCUGGGUCCUCCCCAUCCCCGCUCCCUUCUCCGCAGGUGGGAGUGGUGGCUUCCGCACCAGGAUCGACAGGCACUUCCUUCCUGUUCUUUUCCAGGAUCCGUUUGGCUAAGUCAGCAGGGAGGGGCAGAGCUGUACUAACAUGUUGAGGCAGUGUUUCCUCUGAAGCCCAGGUAUUUCCCAAAACCCAGAACAUGCUUCCCUUCCCCGGCCUUGUUCCCCCACUUGCCCCUCACAUGUACUGCAGAGUGUAUUUUGUCAAGUUGUGCGUCCUGGCCCUUCUUCACGGCUGGCCGCGCCGCCCGCUCCGAACGGGAGUGCUGUCCCUGCCUGCCCCGUGUCACCCGGCACUUUGCCGAGCGGAGACAGCCCUGCGGACACCCGCGUUCUUCCCCUGGUCCUGCACAGCAGGUGUGUGUGGGCAGACCGCGACCGCGUAGGCUUUCACAGACGGGGAUGAAAGUGAACUCUGUACACCCACAACUUCGUGUUGCCAUGAAGCCGCAGUUAGGUCUCCAGAGAAUCUCAUUUUGCCUGGAAUCCGGCCAGUCGCGGUCAUGUGCGCGGCUCGGGCACCGUUUUGGCAGACCCAGUUCUCCCUCUGAAAGCGCCUCCCCAGUCACGAAAAUCUCCAGGAGCCGAUACAAUGUUCGUAAUGAAAUGGGCCCGGAACAAUGUAAGCAGAAAGCAUUAGAAAUUGGAACUGUCCUUUUUAAAAAACGUAAGCUGGAUGAAAACGUUAGGUACGCUUUUGUACACGACUGUGUUUUGUAUGAACUGAAAUAAAAUAUUUUGAACUGUG